CCUAUCUAUCAGGAACAUCUCAGUUCAUUCUCAACAACAUACGAGUAUAUAUCAUUGAAUAUAUCAUUGGAUUUCUUAGAAAUCUAUUCCUGAAUUUGGUAUCUUACAGAACCAUCCAAUAUGUAUACAGAAAUCGAAGGAACCCAUAAAAUUGGGUCCCAAUCCCUCUACACCAAAACCUGGAAAGUCAGUCAACCCCUCCCUCUCCCUCUCAGCUCAUUCUCCAAUACAAACUAACACAAACUCCAGCCUGAUGCACCUCCCAAAGCAACACUAAUUUUCAUCCAUGGCUUUUCCGAUCACAUAAACCGCUACUAUAUUCUCUUUCCUACGCUUGCCUCUCGCGGAAUCGAAGUACGCGCUUUCGACCAACGAGGUUGGGGUCGCAGCGUCACCAAACCUUCCGAAAAAGGUCUUACAGGACCAACCUCCCUCGUAAUAUCCGACAUUGUUUCAUUCAUCAAAGCACAAUUACCUUCUUCCGUUCCCAUAUUCCUAAUGGGUCACUCGAUGGGUGGAGGCGAGGUGAUUACUUUGGCUAGUGAUCCCAAGUAUGCGGAUUUGAUGCAUAGUAUACGAGGAUUUCUUUUGGAGGCGCCUUUUAUUGCGUUUCCCAAGGGAUUUGAACCGAGUUUCCUUACUGUAUUUUUGGGGCGAUUGGCAGGGAAAUUUCUGCCGCAUAGACAAAUGGUGAAUAAACUUCCACCGGAGAAUCUUACCAGAGAUCCAGAGGUUAUAAAAUCGAUAAAUGAGGAUACCUUAAUGCAUGAUACGGGAACACUUGAAGGGCUGGCAGGAAUGUUGGAUAGAACUGCUGCAAUGAAUCAAGGAAAGACGAAGUUAAAUCCAGGUGUAAGAAGUUUGUGGUUGGGACAUGGGACAGAGGAUAAAGGGACGAGUUUUGAGGGGAGUGAGAAGUGGUUUAACCAACAGACGGCUUUGACGGAUAAGGAGUUUAAGAGAUAUGAGGGGUGGUAUCAUCAGUUGCAUGCGGAUUUGCCUGAUGAUCGCGAAAUUUUCGCCAAGGAUGUUGGGGAUUGGAUUUUGGCUAGAUGUGAUGGGGAGGAAGGAAGUAAGGUGGGACAAUCGAAGUUGUGAUUCAUGACAUUUAAUGAGAAGGAAUUGGCGUUGUUAAAGACCAGAAGACUUUGGAGACUAGAAGACCUGCACAAUACCCGUGCAAUAGAGCUAAUUUGAG